GGGAUAAGGAUCGUAAGCUGAUGUCCAGCCAGUCUGCGAGAAGGCGCCCCAGAGAGAAGAGACGCUCCACAGGCAUCCCUGCCUCAGCACCUGCCGAGGAUGAAGGCGGAAGUGACGACACCCCCUCCCAAUCCCAACCGCAGGACAACCUAAUAGCAGACGGUGAAAGAACGAGAUCCAGGUAUGACACGGGUACAUCUUCCUACCUGAGUCGAUCGACAGGAAGUUACCGGGACAGAUACGGCCCUUAUGACUCCGUAACAAAGGACAAGGAGCAGGCCGGUAAAGACAAAGACUACAAGAAGUUGUACGAGGAUGCAGUAGCUGAGAAUGAGAAGCUGAAGGAAAAGGUACAGGAGCUGAAAACAGAGCUGGCUGAGUCCAAAGUGCAGAUCGACAGGGAUAAACAGCGACGGGAGAGGUUCCCAGAUCGGUCUGUUAUGUUGGAGACAGAAAAGAGAGAGAAGAGAGCCCUGGAGAGGAGAAUAUCUGAGAUGGAAGAAGAAUUGAAGCAAUUGGCAGACCUCAGGGCCGACAACCAAAGGCUAAAGGAUGAAAACGGGGCCCUAAUCCGAGUUAUAAGCAAGCUGUCCAAGUAACCCUACCCUGUACAUAGCAAACCUGUAGGAGAGAGAAAGAGAAA